CUCGUCCUGCGCUCAGCUCGUGCGCACCACGCACCACCUCCCACGACACUUUUCCCACGACACUUUCCCCCUCAUGGCAUUGGAACGAAACCUCAAACUGUCCGACUAAACUUUCUCUGCACUCGCCGGAGGAAGAGGUAAAAUGUCCAUCGCAUAUCUCUGAUCUGAGUCCAUCUGCUGCCUUUCGCUGAUGUGACACCCAUGGCUGGACGGAGACUGACCUCUGAACAUCUUUUCUCCCACAAAAAGACUGGUCCUGCGCUCAGUACCUGUGGAAUCAUGUUUUAUUUUGAGGCAUUUGUUCACCAUGUGAGCUCAUAGGUGACAUUAAUCUAAGCGUGGGUGGCUCUGCUGGUUUUUGCAGUUAGUUGUGUGUCUUGCAAUUGUGGAUAAUUUACCACAGUGAGUCUAACACAACACCGGAGGUAAAUAUGAGUGCGUCUUAGGUUCCUUGGGUCGUUUGUUGAUGAUGUAGUUGAUCUAUAGUUACUGAGACUUUAUGCAGUUGUAAUGGCUGCUGCCUCCCCAGAGAAGGAUCAGCCCCUUCUGCAGCUCCAGGAGGUGGACUCCAGUCGAGUGGGCGGUCGUGUCCUCUCCCCCAUCCUCAGCUCCUCCCCCUCGUCCGCGCUGUCUCUCGAAACCAGCCAGCCUAUCUGCAUCCCCUCUCCUUACACUGACCUCAGCCACGACUUCACCACCUUACCUUUCUACAGUCCAACCAUCUUCAGUUAUGCGAGUGCAGGCAUACCGGACUGCUCCUCCGUGCAUCAGUCUCUAAACACACCUUUAUUCUGGCCCAGCCAUGGCCACAUGGGGUCACCCAUACCCCUGCACCGCUCCCAGGCUCAUCCCCAGCAAGGCCAGGCAAUCCAGAGUCCAUGGGUGGAGCUGUCACCAAGGGACAGUAUCUUAAUGACCAGCAAGAGUCUGAGGAGGCAAUCCCAGGAAAGUGAGGAUGGUGUGGGGUCGUCGGGUGGGAAAGCUGACCUCCACUACUGCGCUGUGUGUCAUGACUACGCCUCAGGGUACCACUACGGAGUCUGGUCGUGUGAAGGGUGUAAGGCUUUUUUCAAGAGGAGCAUCCAAGGACACAAUGACUACAUAUGUCCAGCUACCAAUCAAUGCACUAUAGACAAGAACCGCCGUAGCUGUCAGGCCUGCCGUCUUCGCAAAUGCUAUGAAGUUGGCAUGACCAAGUGUGGUAUGCGAAAAGAGCGUGGGAAGUCGAGGAACCAGCAGAUGAGGCGAGUGACCCGUUUGUCGUCACAGGGCAGAACCACUGGGCCAAAGCUGUUAACUGGACCAGCACUAGGUUUACUAAGUGAACCUCGCCCUCCUGUACUGACCCCAGAACAGCUGAUUGAGCGAAUAAUGGAGGCAGAGCCGCCAGAGAUCUACCUCAUGAAGGACAUGAGGAGGCCGCUGACCGAAGCUAACGUUAUGAUGUCUCUCACCAACCUGGCUGACAAAGAGCUGGUUCACAUGAUCAGCUGGGCCAAGAAGAUCCCAGGGUUCGUGGAGCUCAGCCUCCUGGACCAGGUCCACCUGUUGGAGUGCUGCUGGCUGGAGGUGCUGAUGGUUGGACUGAUGUGGAGGUCUGUGGACCAUCCAGGAAAACUCAUGUUCUCCCCUGACCUCAGCCUGAGCAGAGAAGAGGGGAGCUGUGUCCAGGGCUUCGUGGAGAUCUUUGAUAUGCUGUUAGCUGCCACGUCCAGAGUGAGGGAGCUGAAGCUGCAGAGGGAGGAGUACGUCUGCCUCAAGGCCAUGAUCCUCCUAAACUCCAACAUGUGCAUCAGUUCGUCAGAAGGCAGCGAGGACUUGCAGAGUCGGUCUAAGUUGCUGCAUCUCCUGGAUGCCGUCACAGAUGCUCUGGUGUGGGCCAUUGCCAAAACAGGCCUGUCCUUCCGCCAACAGUACACCCGCCUCGCCCACCUGCUCAUGCUGCUGUCACACAUCCGGCAUGUCAGCAACAAAGGCAUGGACCACCUGCACUGCAUGAAGAUGAAAAACAUGGUGCCUUUGUACGACCUGUUGCUGGAGAUGCUGGAUGCCCACAUCAUGCACAGCUCCCGUCUGCCUCGCCGGCCUUCACAGCAGGAGACAAUGGACCAGAUGGAGGUUCCUGCACGGCCCCAUGGCUCACACAACAGCCCCUCCAACACCUGGACUCCAAGCACCACUGGACAUGGAGGUGAACAGCACCAGUCAGAACAGAUCAAAUCACCUCACUGAUGCCUCGCAAUUCAGACGCGCUGAAUUUUCACCACGCACAAGACUGAUGAGAUGUUUUACUCGAACAAUCUGCAGAGCGAUACUUCUGUCGUCGCUUAACUGGUGAAAAGUAUUGUGGCACUAUGUAGAAAUUUUGAUGUUCAAAGCUAAAACUACAAAUGCAGACAUGCCAAACUUGUAUUAUUGCCUUACCACAUCGAACAGGAUGCAGAACAAACUAGCUUAAACGUCCACGUAAUUUUAUUGCCUUGAUUCUUUUGGGCUGUGCAUCUAAUUUCCUACUGGUUAGCAGUUGAGCAAGAAAAUAUGAUUGUACUCUUCACAACUAAUAUGACAGCUUUGAUACACUCUGACAUGGGUUUAGAAAGGACAGAGCUAAAAAAAAAAAAAUCAUCAAAUUGAAGUAGUAUGUAAGAAUAAUGGCUUUUCUGGCUUCUAAAUCAGAUCCAUAACGAUGGAGGUCCAACAAAGAAUUAUUUCUCUGCAGAAAAAUGCAGAUUAGAGUGAUGAUACACAUGCAGUAUCACUACAGUUCAGUGGUCUCAUAAACUGAUACAGCAGAUCUGAAUAAACAUAGGGAACCAUAGAGCUGAAACAUUUAUUAUUAAAUAAUUAGUCUCCCAUGUGACAAGAUGGCAGUUGUAAAAUGUACAGUGAUUGACUGUAGCUGUGAUGCAUCUUAUUACUACAGCUCCCAUAUUUUAGGUACAAAAAUUCAUGGGAGCAUCAGCUGUUAAAUGUUUAACUAAAUUUCUAUUCACAGCGCAGUAGUUUUUAUUGUAUAUUACAGUUUUUUCAAUUUUGCAUUAUGACGAAUUGGGGAAAAAAUAACAGCUGAAGCCUAGCAUGAAGACGCUGACCUAAAACGUAACCUCAGCAAGACUGUUACGUAGCUGACAGGUUAACACAGAAGUCAUGUCUAAUGAAUUCCUUUGAGACAUCAGAUGAUAAUUUCUAAUACUCCAUCAGCUGUUUACAGCCAUCCUGAUAGGGGACCUCCAUCUGACCACCAAAGCACGCUUUACAGCACCUGCUUACAGCUAAGGGCUUUUUCCACAUUAGUUCCCCCUGUCCUGUCUUUAUUGUUGAGGAUAUUUCUGUAGCUUCUUGUGAAGAAUCAUAACCACUGUUGUUUUUAUGACAAAGUUGCACUCAUAUGUUGAGUUUUGCUAGAAAAAAAAAAGUCUAUUUUUGUAUCUUAGUAUUCGCUUUCCUGCUGCAGCUUCGACAAUCAGGAUGAUGGAAAAAUGCAUAUAAUCAGCAAAUACCUAGACUUUAAAAACAUUGAUCACCGUGCACUGAUGUACCAGUUUAGGCUUCAUCUCUUACCUUGUGGUCACUGUUCAUCAUAUCAUACAUCACAUACUGUAUUUUCAUUGCAACAUUUAAAGUGAAGGGAUUAUUGCUUCAGUUACCAGACCUCAUCUCCUUUUCUGUUUAUUAUUAAUGGACAGACUCACUAUUUUCUACUAGUCACAAGCCACAUAGACAUAAGUGCUCUUGUAAUUAUCGCCCAAGAUCCUUUCCUAUUGUACUUGUAAUGUAGCAUGAUGGGAGGAAAAACUUUGUACUGUGCAAAAAUGACAGUUUCCAAGAAAAAAUGGCCUUUUUGGGUUUCCAUCCUGCAGUAAUAGCAACAAAAACCUGUAACUUUUUAGAUCGCAACUCUGUUUGUCCUAAUCAGUUGACUGGAAGCUCAAUAUUAACUGUAGAACAAGUUAAUAUUUCACAAAAUUCUUACUUUUGGUUGCCAUAAUUCCAGGUCAGAUUCUGUAUGAACAAAAAAAGUGUAAUUUGUCUCAUGUUCAGAAAAAUGCAGUAUAUUCAAUGUAUUUUUAAACAGACUAUGGGAUUUCCAUUAUGGCUUGGACUUAUUAUUGCCUUAUAGUAUUAUAAACUGACCUGUAUUAAAAGUGCAUUUCAAACGACUUUUUAUAAAUUAGAGAUUAACCAGUAAUAGCAACCAAGGUUUUUCACUGUAAUACCAAAAUAACUUUCAAAACAUUCGUAGCAGACUAUAUGCAACUCAUUGGGAUCCAGUUUAAUACAUAAGACUGUUUAUUUUGGGAUAAUUUCUGUUUACCCCAAUUUCUCUGUAAGAUGAAUCAUGUCCAUGCUGUAAAUAUUCCCCAAAUGUCUGGUUUAAAUUGUUUUUUUCUGUUUAGUGGCAAAGAAGAAACUUUAACAUACCAUUACAGUGCCUCACAUUAAAUCCCGGAUCUAAAAUUAACAGUGUGUUUGUGGAUUUAAUAGGGCUUUUCUCACACACUGCUUUUUGUUCCAAUCUGGGCAGUUCAAUGCAAUGAGGAAAAAAUGGACUGAACAAAUAAAGUAAUGACAGUGUUUACUAGCAAAAAAAAAUUAGGGGCAUAAAUCCACUGUUUUGAUCAUUAUAAAUAGCAUUAUAUUAUUACAUUCUGUACAUACACAUGAUGCUUUUCUAUAGUGUCAACAGUGCAUUUGUUCAUGUGGAAAUGUCUACUCCAGCCUAGAAAAAUCUGCAAAUGUAAAAAAAAAAA